ACCUUUUCCUUCUCGUGGUCAUCCUCAUUCCUCUGUCAAUCGUUGACCUUCCUCCAUUUGUGUGCUUUUGGCAAUAAACCCGCCUCUGUCGUUCUUUACCUUCAAUAAUACAUCAUCAUGGGAGCUAACCUGUCGAAGGCGUUGGGGAAGAUUUUUGGCAACAAAGAGAUGAGACUUUUGAUGUUGGGUCUCGACGCAGCUGGAAAGACGACUAUUCUUUAUAAACUGAAACUGAACCAAUCUGUGACUACAAUCCCUACGGUUGGUUUCAAUGUGGAGACCGUUACGUACAAGAACGUCAAGUUUAAUGUCUGGGACGUUGGCGGUCAAGACAAGAUUCGACCUCUUUGGAGACAUUAUUACACCGGCACUCAAGGCCUUGUCUUCGUCGUCGACAGUCAAGAUCGGGAAAGAAUUGACGAGGCUAAACAGGAGUUGCAUAGGAUAUUAAGUGAUAGGGAGAUGAAGGAGUGUCUAUUACUUGUUUUCGCCAACAAGCAGGAUCUUCCCGGAGCCAUGUCGCCGGCUGAAGUGACCGAAAAGUUGGGCCUGCAUCGCAUGCGCGAUCGGUCGUGGUACGUUCACCCAAGUUGUGCCACCACUGGUGAGGGUCUUUUUGAAGGUCUACAGUGGCUGUCGCAGAAUGUCAAGAAGCGCCAGCAGUGAUACUUCUCUAAUUCUGUGAUGCCUUUCUUCGAAUCUAGUUUGAUAGAACAUUUUCUCGUCUAUACCCAUGUUAUGCUUUCCUCUUUCUCCUUAUGGCCUGCACGACCUUUGCACGUACGACAGACUACCAUCUUCCAUGUCUCACCUGUGUCCUCCUGGCUUUCAUACAUAUACCGCUGAAAGCAUAUCUCUUUCUUCUCCCAUUCUGGUGGUCGGUUAUAUUCUAUACUUCAACAAUGGAUGAGUGUUUGCUUCUGAAUUCACUUUAUCAUAAUUAGGCCUAUAGCUUUCGCUUUGGGCGCAAUGUCUCCUUGGUACUCGAGAUGUUUUCCCUAACUGUUAAGUCAGUACUUAUGUGGACAACGUGAACGUAGUAUGGGUGCAGUA